AUGACAUCCAGUUUGAGCUCAAGACUAGCAACGAACCUUGGACAGACGGCGAAGAAGGUCUGCAUUGUCAAUCCGAUUUAUACUACUACACGAGCGAUCUCCGCCCCGACACUCACAUCCGCCAGACAACAAGAGGCACUAGAGGAAGAAAAGAGAGCACUGAAAAGACAAGUUUCGCGCAAAUGGUUUCCCGGUGAUGUGUAUGCCCCUCACGAUUUGAGUGCUGCGGAAACCCGAAAAUGGAGGAAAAGAGCACGACCAACAUCAGAUAUCUUCGACCAGCUAAACAUCAACCCGUUGAGUCUGUAUAAGAAUUUCACAGUCAUGUCUGACUAUAUGACGGAUAUGGGUCGGGUAAAACACUCUAAAUUGACGGGUCUAAGGCCUGUCAACCAGCGCAAGAUCGCCAAAGCCAUCCGACGGGCGAUUGCUUUGGGACUCAUGCCCAGCAUACACAAACAUCCGGAGGUGUUGAAAAGAACGCAGAGCGCGAAUAUAAUAAAUGGGUCGACGCGGAUGCCCCAAAGUCGACGAUAUUAA